AUGGCCCCCGAGUCGCAAGACGAACGGGACGAACGAGUCGACCAGCUGUGGCACUCGUUGGACACGCGCCGGGAGGGCCACAUCGAUCUGGCUGGGCUCAAGAAGGGACUGAAGAAGAUCGAUCAUCCGCUCAAAAAUGCAGAUGACAUGCUACGCAAUAUUCUGCGGGAGGUCGACACCAACGGCAAUGGCCGCAUCGAUGAAUCCGAAUUUCGUGCCUUCGUCGCCCACACCGAGAACGGGCUAUGGCAGAUGUUCCAGAGCAUCGACCGCAAUCACAACGGAGAAAUCGACAAGGCGGAGCUGCGAUCUGCCUUUGCCGCCUCGGGCGUGACCGUCUCGAGCGCCAAACUCGACGAGUUCUUCACCAAAGUCGACAAAAACAACGACGGGGUAAUCUCUUACGCGGAGUGGAGGGACUUCCUGCUCUUCCUCCCUCUCCAUUCACCGUCGGAUCUACACGCUGUCCUCUCAUACUACACGGCGACGGGCAAUCUAAACCCGGAAGGAGAUGUCCACAUCAAUGAUCUGCAGGGUUUAGGUACUGACCACUCGUUUCUUACCCGUUAUAUCCUGGCCCUCCAGAACCUCUUGUACAAUAUCCUCUCACUCCACGCCCUCGCCUCCCUCCUCCCAUCAGCCCACGCGCAAACCAGUCCGUCCUGCACUGUCAGGAACCAACUUGCCUCGUUAGACGGCGAAUUUGAGUUGGAGUGGUUGCCCAUUCCCAAGACUGUCGCCAUGUGGAUGUCCCUGCGAUAUUAUGAACGGAAGUUGACCGAAAAUACCCCUCAAUUAGGCUACUUCAUUGCAGGCGGGAUCGCGGGCGUCGUGUCGAGAACGGCCACCGCGCCCCUCGAUCGGCUCAAAGUCUAUCUCAUUGCGCAGACCGGUUUCAAGAGGACGGCGGCUCAUGCAGCGAAGGAUGGGCUCCCUUUCGCUGCCGCCGGCAAUGCAUCCAAAACGCUACUUGACGCACUCAAAGAACUAUGGCGGGCGGGAGGAAUUCGGAGUUUAUUUGCGGGAAAUGGGUUGAACGUGGUGAAGGUGAUGCCGGAGUCUGCAAUCAAGUUUGGAGCUUACGAAUCUGCAAAACGAGCUUUUGCGCGAUUUGAAGGGCAUAACGACCCCAGACGUCUACUCCCCACCUCGCAGUUUCUGUCCGGUGGCUUUGGUGGAAUGGUGGCCCAGUGUUUUGUUUAUCCUCUCGAUACCUUGAAAUUUCGUAUGCAAUGUGAAACCGUGGAAGGAGGACUUCGAGGCAACCAGCUUAUCGCGGCAACGGCAAGAAAAGUGUGGAACAAAAGCGGUCUAUUUGGUUUCUUUCGUGGUCUCCCCCUUGGACUGAUGGGAAUGUUCCCCUACGCCGCGAUCGACUUGACGACAUUCGAAUACUUGAAACGCGCCCUUCUCGCCCGGAAAGCACGUCAGAAUCAGUGCCACGAGGACGACGUGCCUCUCAAUAACGUCAGCACGGGAGCCAUCGGUGCUCUCAGCGGAGGCCUUAGUGCCUCGGUUGUCUACCCGCUCAAUGUUCUUCGGACCCGUCUGCAGGCCCAAGGCACGAUCCUGCACCCUCCCACCUACACUGGCAUUGGCGAUGUUGCUCGUCGGACCCUUCAAACCGAGGGUGCCCGUGGUUUCUACAAGGGGCUUACACCUAACCUUCUCAAGGUGGCACCAGCUGUAUCGAUCAGCUAUGUGGUCUAUGAGAAUUCGAAACGAAUGCUCGGCCUGAGGUGA